AUGAAUUAAAUCUAAACUAUUGAAGAUCUUAAGCUCAACUAAGAGGAAUUCUUCAUUUUAUCUAACAAAAACUACAGAAGCUGUCCUAGACAUCCUGAUAAUUGGAUUGUAUCAUUAAGCACUAAUCCUAGUUCUACCCAGUUUCUUCAAUGCGCUGAAUGUUUUUCUGAGAAUCCCAAUUAGCAAACUCUGAAUUUAGUUGGACUCAUCAAAGAAAAUGAAAAAACUAUUUUUAAAAAUUACCCAAUUUAUGGGGAAAAUCAUAUUUAUGAAAAACUUAAGUAAAUCUUCAAGGCCGAUUGCUCUAUUGAUGGAUUAAAAUCUAAAAUUUCAUCAUUUUUCUUAAAUUUAAGAAAAUAAAUAGAGCAAAAAAUCAAUCAUAAGGAAGAAUAAAUGAUGAGCUAAGCAAAGUCACUUUGGAGCUUUAAUGAAUAGGUAAUUAUUUAAUAUAAUAAACUUGCUGAAAAGGAAUAGCUUAAGAAUAUUAUCACCAAUUUCAAAGAUGACUUUGACAAGUAAAAUGAGCUUUUUAAAGAAUUAUUCACUCGAAUUUCUACUAACUAGAAAAGAUAUUAAGAAGAAUUGAAUGAAAAGAUAGAUUUAUUUGAAACUCAAAAAUCGAUGAUCAAUUUUGAAAUAGCUGAAAAUAUCAAUUAGAAUAUCUUGCAAUUAAUUGAUACAAUUGAUAUGUUUGUUAUCAAAAACUUCUAAGAUCUUAAUAUUAAUAAUUAAAAAGAAAAAUUUGACCUCUAUGUAUAAGAUAUUUAAAAUAAAGACAAAAAUGAAAUGACAACAAGCUAGUUAAUGACUAAGUUAAUUAGCAAUAAAUUAAAUUGCUGUUCCAAGGAGUUAAUUAAAGAGCUACAAUAAAUAAUGUUCAAAUUUUCUAACAGUAUAGAUAGAAUUGACCUUAAAAACCAUUUAAAUGAAGAUUUAUUGCAAUUAGACUUUGAUAAAAUGAAAGACGAAGAAGUUGAUUUAAUUAAGGAUCUAUCAAAAGGCUUCAUUACAGGUAAAUAAAAAGUAGAAGUAAGAAGUGAGAAUAAGAAUAAAUUAAUUUAAUUAAUAUCAAAUAAAUUUAAUUUCUGUUCAGAAUCAUUUCUUAGCAACUUAUCAACUCACUUUGAUUGUUUCCUUCCUAUAAUUAACAAAAUUGACUUCAAAGAUUACUUAUAACCUAAUAAGACUCCAAUAAAUGCAAAUUUUCUAAAUAAUUUGUAGUUUUAAGAAAUCGAAGAUCUUGUUUAAAGAUUAGAAACUUCAAACAAUAAGUAGAAUUAGAAGAAUGUGAAUGGAAAUCUAUUAAAUUAAUAAAUAGAGAUGAAACAGUAAAAACUAAUUUCUCUUUUUGAAAACAAAACAAAUUAUUGUAAUGAUUAGUUUAUUCAAAAUGCUAAAAACUCUGUUUAAAAAUAUUCAUAAAUUGUCAAUCAUUUAUUUUUAAAUGUAGAGAUUUUCAAAGAUAACAAAAGCUAAACAAUUGAUUUUAGCAAACUUACAACAAAACAAAUAGAUAAUUUAGAAUAACUAGUUAAUAAAACAUCUUAACUUACUGAGUAAUUUGGACAAGCUUACUACAAUAGUACCUCCCCUAUUCUUGAAUAAUAAAAUUCGAAUUUUAUUUUAAAUAAAUUAGGAAAUAAUAAAGAUAUUGAAUAGUUAUUGGUAAAUUAUCCAAUUUUUGAAAAUAUAAAUUUACCUUAAUUGAAUAUAGAAUUUAUAAAAUCAUAUAAAGAUGAUAGUUAAUAAUUAACUUUAGAAAAAAAAAAGCUAUCUGGCUAUAUAGUAAAGCAACCCAAAUCAUUAAAAGGUUAAAUAUUUACAAGAGGUAAAUUAGAUCCUAAGAUAAAUUACAUUUUUAGAUGUAAAUCCAACAAGUAUUUAGCAUGCAAUCAUUUAAAUUUUGGAAUACUAAAUAUGUAAGAAGUAAAUAAUAAAAUGCUAUAUUAAGAAAAUUGUUGCUUUGACACAACUAAAACUAAAUAUGGUUUAGAUAAAAUAUUAAAAGGAAAACACUUAUGUGAUAUAGAUAUAAUAAAAUAAAUAAAAGAAAUAGAAAUUAGAGUCAAUAUUUCUAAGAGAGUUGUAUUAUUUAUGGAUUAUCCAAAAUAUUAAAAUAUAAACAAAGUUGAAGAGUCUAAAAUAAUAUAAGACAGGGAUUAUUGCUUUGGAAUAGGUUUCGGUAAUCCAGGCGAUGAUUUUAAUAUUGAAAUAGAAACAUUUUUAACAAUUGAUUAACAUUUUGAUAACUUUAAUUCAAAAUGA